AUACGGUCUGACACGAUCGCGUUAACAAGUAGUGUGUAUGCUCUCGCUUCGGAUUUAUUGUGACGAACCCAUGCUCCUGUGAAUUUCUCCAGCGAUUUUAGUUAGGGGAAGUGAUUUGCAGUGUCUAUAAUAUCCAAAACGAAAAUAGAAAAGAACUUGCUUGUGUUCAAUAAAGGAAAGCCAUAAUUAGUGCACGCGAGAAAAAUAUCGACAGAAAUAAUCGAAAGUUCAGGAAAGGAGGCCAAACGUUCAUCCUUCCCCCAAAGGAUGCUUCGCCUCCCGCGCCUGAGGUGAAUCCUGCGCUCGAGACGCGCGUGAAGGACCCGCUAUGUGCCGGGGAGAGCGAGCGCCUGCCCAGGAUCGCCCUUAAGGAACCACCAGGAUGCGGUGGCGCAAGGCACAAGGAUUCGACCUGGCCGACGACGGGCGUGACCCCGUGGGCGUGGUGAGCGUCCACGGCGAUGAGCUCCCCCUGGUGUCGUCGCCCCACCCCCGCCUGGCGUCUCCAACGCAAGCCUCCUCCUCCUCGCCAGCCUCCCCGGGCUCCCUCCCCUCCACCCCGCUGACGGCCGUGUCCACGACCACGAUGGAUGAAGUCCCGAGCCCGCAGGCCUCCGGCUUUUCUCCCCGGAGGGACCCCAGCAGGACGUCGAUGCCCCCCGUGAGUCCAUCAGCGUCUGCGUCCGACAUGGCGCUGCCCCUGAACGGGCAGUCACGGCCCAUGUCCGCGCCCCACGCCGCGGCCGCGAAGGAGUACGCCGCCAGCUCGCAUUCCACCACGAUCCAGGUCGUGUCUAGUCCUCAGUCCCGCGUCGCCAGCCCCCGCCACUCGCUCGCCAGCCAACAGUCCCUGGCGAACAGCUCCCAGCAUUCGCUCGCCAGCUUCCAGUCAAGAACCACUAGUCCUCAGCGCACGCCAGUCAGCCCCUCGGCGAACGCCAGUCCCCAGCGGACUUCCCUCGGCUCGCACUCCCUUUCCCUCAGCCCCGAGCGGGGGCCGUCCAGUCAGCCGGUCAGCCCCCAGCGCGUAAUCGUUAGCCCCCAGCUGCCGCCAGUUAGUCCUGCAGGCGUCACUGUGGUACAGGGGUCACGGCCGACCUCCGUCGUGAGUGUGUCGGGGGCGCCGCUCCCCCUACGGAACUCGGUGCACUCUGCGCCUGGCACGCCCUCGCCCACAGCAGAGCAAGAGAGCAAGGGCGUCGUGGUCGUUGUCGGAGGCCCAAGCCAGAGUGAGCUGAACCACCGGGACGCGAGUCACCACGACCUGAGCCAACAGAGCCUGAGUCAGCACGACCUUCAGACCAGCUUACUGGACGAAGUCGUCCACUUCAGGUCGUCGAUCUAUCCUCCACGGGGCCCAGGCACGGGGACGACCUCCUCCACCUCGACGACCUCGACGACCACCACCAUCCCCGUGAGCGACUUCACUUCCCCCCUCCCCCCUCGAGCCGUGGAGCGGGACGAAGUGGCGGCGCCGUCGCCGUCGCAGCAGAAGCGGAAGACUAGCACGACGCCGCGGAAGUCCGCCUCCAAGGGCAGCGGCGACGCCAAACGCGCCACGCACGAGAAGAGCAAGUCCGUGACAAUCGUCGUGAACGACCAGCACGUCACGUACUCCAACACGGCCAGCACGUACACGACCACGGCGGCAGGCGGGCACCGCCACAACGGCAGCCUGACGAACGGCGACCUCGGGGGCCUCCACGCGCCCAACGGCGAGGUGGUGGCGGUGAACGGGCACGCGCUCACCAAGGGCGACCUCGGCGGCGACUCCACCAGGCCGUCCUCCGCCGCCUCGACGGCGGGGGGCACCAAGGUCGAUCCGGACAUUCAGGUGCGCCCCCUCGUGGGCUGGUGGGGCGAGGGGGGCAGCGCCGGCUCCGUCCUCGAAGACACUGCCUCCUCCGACGAGUGCCACCGCUCCACGCUCACGCUCGUCCACUCGCCGGCGCGCACUUACCUGAGCGGGGAGACGGGCGGCGGCGUGGGCGGCGAGGAGUGCGGCGAGGCGUGGAGCAGUGUGGUCUCGGGCGUGUGCGGCGUGGCCGUGGUCGUCGGCGCCGCCUCCGUGCUCCGGCUGCCGCGCCUGCUCUACCAACACGGCGCAGGGAGUUUCCUGGCCGCUUGGUGCGCGGCGCUACUGCUGGUGGCCUCGCCGCUGGCCUACCUGGAGGCCGGCCUCUCGCAGUUCAGCAGCUCGUCGGCGCUGGCGGUGUGGCGCCUCAUCCCCAUCGCUCGAGGUGUUGGCUGGUCGACGGUGGUGGUGUGUUUCUACUGGGCAGCGGUCGUGCUGGGAUACCUGGCGCCCGCCCUGCACUAUGUCUUGCUGGGGAUUCAGCCGGAGAUCCUGGAGGAUGUGGUGUCGCCGCACUGCCGUGAGAGCACCCAAAAUUCCAGCAGUGGGGACUGGGCUGUGGAUUAUUAUAGACUGUGUGUUUAUGACCUGCCCGAAACCUGGCUAAGCGACCUAACUUUGGAUCUGACUUGGCCCUUGCCUGUUGCCGUUGGUGCUGCAGCCCUCAUGUCGGCAAUUAUAGCUGCGUGUGCUCCCCGUGGUUUGGCAGCACUGACAGGUGUUACGUCAAUUCUGGCAGUACUUGGCUCAUCCUUGCAGCUGGGAGUAGGCCUCACAGAGGUCCUGAGUCGAGACUUCAUGGCCUUAUGGGAGCAGGCAGAGCCCUUUCUCAUGCCUCAGGUGGAUGUCCUCCUGCAGCCUCGGGUUUGGUGUGCUGCAUUAGCACAUGUUUUGCUUUCUCUUGGCCUGGGCAUUGGUUUGCUCAUGAACUUCUCAGCCAGAGGCGCUUUCCGGUUUACUUUAAGACGGCACUUAUGGGGAUUGGUGAUAUUGUUGGCAGUGGUAACAGCUCUGGUAUCAGCAGUGACAGUGAUCCAGCUUACUCUGCUAGCAGAUGACCGAGGGCUGGAGCCAGGGCAAGCUUUGGAGGUCAUCAAUAACGGGACACUCUACGAAGAGGAAGCUGAGGUGGAUACUAUGGAAGGGGUUGGAAUGGCAGUGGGCACAGCAAUGGUAACAGCCUCCCAUCUACUGAGUGUGUUUCCUUUCCCCUUCAUGUGGCUGCAUCAAGGGGUCUCCACCAUAGUCUUCCUUGGAUUGUGGUGUAGUGGAGUUACAACUGUCACAGUCUGUAUUCAUGCACUGAUAGCAGCCAUGCGAGAUGCUUGUGACUGUCUGCCAAGUGCUGUCUUAGCCUUCUUGAUAGCACCUGUUGUUGUAGCAGGUGCCUUGCCCACCUCUUUCAAGAGUGGAUCUGCCAUAGUAAGCUUAUUGGAUGUCGAUGUACUGACUAAGGUUGUGUUGUGGCCACCUCUUACUUUGACACUUGCAGUCACAGCUGUGUAUGGUAUACACAAAGUUCGCAAAGACUUCACCUUUAUGCUUGAGGCAACAGUGUCUUGGCUCUGGGCACCUGUAUGGGGUGUAUUCAUCCCAUUGACACUUCUGGGUGUUGUUGUAUGGUCAUGUGUCAUGGACAGCCAACAUGUUGCUGUCAUUGAUGGACCUGCUUGGCGGAUUGCGGUUGUGUGGGGACUUCGUGCGCUGGUCCUGUUACCUGUUCCUAUCACUGCUAUUUAUGUUGUAAAAUCACAACUUGCUUAUGGCGUAAAAGAUAAAGUGGCAUCAUCUCUGCAGUCGUCACGAGAAUGGGGUGACUGGGGUCCUCAAGACCCCAUUGAACAUCAUAACUGGCGAAGAUGGAGAGAAGAUGAAACGCGGCCCAUCACGUCCCUUAAACGACGCUUUGCCAACCGCCCUCUGACCUACACGCACUCAACCCUCAGCAGCGAGUCCUCAUCCACACUAACUCGCCUCAGAAAUAAGUAUCAGAGGAAUGGCACGGCAAGCGUUCUCUGACCUCAGUGAUCCAAAUAUUUCACUAAUAUAUAAUCACAUUUAUUUUAUUUUUAUCUAUCUCACAGUUUGUCUGUUGUUGAUAACUAAUAGUUCCCUUUCUUUGUUAUUUUUUUAUACUAACCCUUACAUGUAUGUAGCCAGUAUGUGUUCUUCUUUUCUUUUUGUUUUAUUUGCACUGUAUUCUCAUGAUGAUUGUUUUGCUUUGUUGUUCCUUUUUUGUCUGAUUGUUUGUAUUUGUGUUUGAAUUUUAUUCCUUUCUGAGUUGUCUUUUGAUGUGAAUAUGUUUGAGAUGAAUAGAGACUUCAGUACUUUGUGUUUGGAGUUUAGUCAUCCUUUUUUUUGUUGUAUGGGGGGGGGGGUCCUUGUUUUCUUCAAAUAGUUUUCUACAGUUUCCUUAUAAAAUAUGUAUCUUGGCUAAAUUAAUCAAACAAACGAACAAAAACAAAUCUUCAAUCAUUAUGUAGGCUAUGAGAAAUUGGUGUUCAGGUAGCAAAUUAGCUCCACAAAUCAAUGUUUGUACUGAUGUUUGGUUCACAUCAUGGAAUGGAUGUCAGUUCUAUGAUAAGGUUGUAAAAAGCACAAACACUAUAACUUUGCCACAAAUCUUGUCAAAGCAUCAAUUUGUGUCGUAAGUCCCAAAAGAAAGGCCUCUGGCCAUUAAGUGAAUUUGUUGCUCUGCUAUACAAAGUAUCUAGUAAUCUAAAGUAAUUACAUGCAUUUUUGUAUAUUUCUGCAAGAAAAAAAAAUUCCAGUCUUCAAAAAAGUUUAUUAUUGAUAUUUUGGUCAUUUAGUGCGACAGUCAUGGAUGAGAGCAUAAGGAACCAAAAGUUGAGUACAUAUCUAACUUCCAAAGUAAUUUCAAUAUAAUGUGCUUCAUUUCAACUGUGUUCAAGAACUAAAUACCAGCUGAAAGAUAAAUGCUUUGCUUCAUGUCUGGUUAUUGCAAAUACAUGUAUGUCAUCAAUUCCAAGAAAAUAUAUAAAUUGUAAAAUAUAUGAUAUCUAUAUUUGCAUUAGGCAUUAAGUGAAAGACUAUAUUUUAUCUUUCUGCUUAAAUAUCUAUAUCAUUUGAAUGAUAAGUAUAUAUGAUAUUUUCUUGUGUCUUUAAAUAUUUGCCUUUUCUACAAAACAAAGGCUUUUCUGUGGUUUGGUGUGAUGAGAGAGGCCUGCAUCUAACUCCUAUUAACAUGAUAUUUAUAUGAUACAUAUGAAUAUAUGCAUGACCAAAAUUUAUCUCAGCUUUAAACUUAAAUAGUAAUAUCCUCUAGAACUGUGACUGAUUUCUCAGUGUUAGAAUAUUUCAGAUCUACAGAGAGUUGCAUUAUUUAAACUGGCUUUAGUAUUGACCUUAAAUCAGAUUGCUGCUGAAAUUAAAAUAAUUCAGAAAGCAGCACUGUAAUUAUCUGUAGAGUUUGAUGUAGCUGAUAACAAGUGCUGCAUUAAAUUUGAUAUCUUUAAUGUAUGCCAGAACUUGUAUAAAACCUGCAAUGGUUAUCAAUCAUUGUCUAUUUGAGGAAUAUUGACAUACUAAAUACUAGAUCUAUUUCUUUCAUUUUUCCAUGCAGGACUUAAAGUGUUACUCAUCACUGACUCUUCACUGGGAAACAAAGAACCUAAAUCACUCUAGGAGAAUGAAUGCAUUAAACUGAAGUACUAAAGUGCCAGUUAAUAUCUCUUUAAGAUUUUACAUUUUCCUCCAAAUGGAAAGUAUACUGUUUAUCAUAGGGCUGAUCUCCCCUUGAUAGGAAGUCAAGUCUCAUGUAUUGCUGGUUGAUACAGAGGGACACCUGUCUGGCUUGCUUUUGCUUGCAGUGUUGUUGAUUUUUCCUUCUUCCUCAUGUUCAUUUUUGCCCAUUUGAGAGGAGGGUAUAGACUCUGUAUAUAAUAGUUUAUGUCAGCAUGUUCUGUUUGUAUCUGCUCUUGUAAAUAGUGGUAUGUGUAUAUAUGAAAUAAGGAUAUGAUGUCUGUUACAAAAUGUUACAUGGUCAUAAAGCUUUCACUGUUCAUACGUUGUAUUUCAAGAAACUUCCAUUUUUAUGUCAUGCAUGUCUUCCAGACUGCUCAGCACUUUCCUGUAAUAGUAAUAUAAUUCUGUUCACAUUUUAUAUUACUGAAGCUGAUUGCACCACUCCACAUCCACACUGGCAGUGGCAUGUGAAUGUCAGUGCAGAAGGUACCAAGUGUGAAACAAGAACCAGGAAGCAGACACUGCCUUUCACUUUUCAACAAGAGAUGGACAUUUGCUUUUGCCAGCUGGUGGGGGUGUGGAUGGGCAGUCUGAAGGGAAGAAGGAAAGGAGGAAAAAGCCAUAGCUUUAGUCUGUGCUGUGAGCUUCUUAAUAUUAAAAGAGAGUGCAACAACCAAGAUUUGUUUGAUAUUACAUUCUUGAGGUGCUUCACAGUUAAAGUAUUUUUACCUUAUAGUACUUUAACUAGGUAUUAUGUCAGAGGUGACUUUUGGAUGGAUACUAAUUUCAUAAAUGGAUAUUGUUUCUUUUUUGUCAUUAUUAUUAUUUCUUUAUUUAUUAUUAUUAUUUAAAUUUGGAAUAUUUUUUCCUCUCUGUGUGAUUUUUUCACACAGCAUAACCUUUUGGAAGUUAUUAAAAAAACACUAGCACUUGUGAAGUUCAUUAAAUCAGAGUAAAAUUAUAUGUUGCACCCAACUAUAGAAGUAACAAGGCCAGAGGGAUGAUGUAAUGUUUGUCUUAUUUGUUGUUGCUUUUUUCUUUCUUCCUUAUUUCCCCUGUCUUUCUGUGUGGUGUGCUUUAAGCAUUGAUUAUACCUGAUUUCUUGACAGUAGCAGUAAUAUCAUAUUUUGUUUGCUUCUUUUUUCUUUGAAAUCAUAAUUUAUUGUCAUUAUUGCUGCUUUGAAUAUAGUAUCAUAGUUUUUCAGAUUUCUUUUCACAAAAUAUGCCUGUGAUAAAGAAUAUUCUCUAAUGAUCCCAGUGAUAAAUCACAUGUAAAUACAAGCUCAAUACAUUUUAUACAGGGUUAUUGUGUUCAGAUGGGUGUAUUUUUUUCUUUUUGUUAUAUCCUGAGAGGGUUUUGUAAUGCAGUGUAAUUUACAAAGUGACUUUUUGCAUAUGAUAUACUCUUAGCUGAUGUAGCAUUGAACCACAAAGAACUGAAAAAAAAUAUACCUUCAUUGCCAAACACAGUAGUAAUGAUAUGCACAAAAUUGCCAUAUACUACUGACUGAAUAUAAACAAGUGGUAUCUGUCUACAGUUUACUGGAGAAAGGUAAAGACUGAGACUGUUAAUCUGUUUUAUGGGCAGUUUCCCUUGGAGCAAUUCACAAAAUGUUUGUGAAUUAGGUAUCUUUUAAUGAUGAGGGAAAUGUUAAGGAAAUGUGAAAUGUCAGAAUAAGCAUUAGUCAUGUUCACACUACUUAGGGCAGUCAUGUAAUUUAAGGAAUUGAUGUUUAUUUUCAUUUCAUUAUGUUAUAGAACUUAAAUUGGCCAGUAUGUUAUAUAAGGAAAUCCAAGUGGUAUUACACUAAAUAUUCAAUGUAGUAUGUAUAUUUCGAGUAUGUGGGCUGCAUUUCCUAUUGUAAAGUUUAAGCUGGUCAGAGAUCAUAGAUGUACUGUAUUACAUUUUGAGGUAGGGACUUUAUAGGGCAAAAUAAUGAUUUAUCACUAUUUUGUGAUGUCUCAAGUAUGAUAAA